AGGAGAGCGCUGGGACAAAACACUCCGCGAGGGCGAUUCGAAGAUCCAUUGUCUCCGCGCGCUCGUUCGCUAUUGUUUUUUUUUUCAGUAUCGCCACAGUCGUUGUCCGUCAUCGUCAUCGUCGUCGAUCAGCCGGACGACCGCGCCGGUGCGCCGUGCGCUGCGCGUUCCUCGUGAGUGUUGCUGCUGCUGCUGCUGCCGCUACGUUGAGAGAAUCGCGGCAACGACGGUGCAUAUAGUCUCGUUAUAGGUCGUGCGAGCUCCCCUACGUGACUAAUCCCGCGUGAUUCGGAGGAGACGAUAAAGGAGCCCGCCGUCAGGGUCAGUUAUUGCCGCGUGCUACUCCGCCUACGAUCCGCCCGGCGGUCACGGCACCGUUAAUCCCGCGCCGAGGAAAAUCGUCGAGGGAUCACUCGCAUCUGAAGCGGCGGGCCGGUCCUUCUCCGCCCCCUACCUCCCUCCACCGACGACCCGGCGAAGCUGAGCUUGUCGCGCGACGACAGCAAACACGGCGCGGACACAUCGGGCACGAGGUACAUACAUCGCGCAACGCUUUCGGAACAUCCUCUCGCGCGAUCAAAAUUCGCUGCCGAAUUAGAAAAGGGAGAGGGUUAGGAGGAGAGAGAGAUCAAAAGUGGCAUCCUAAAAGAGGGACGGAUAUCCAUAGAGGAAGGAGGAGGAGAGAGAGAGAGAACUCAUAGACGACGCGAACGUGUGCCGGGAACAUACGUCGUCCCGAGUUCCCGACGCUUGGGUUGAGCCGGAAUCUCGUCUUUCCUGCGAGCAAUCAUGUCGUCAGGAGCAGGAUCCAGUGGAACUGGACGAGGACGUGGUUCCUCCUUGGCAGACAAUAAACCAGAAAGUAAAGAAGCUAAGCCAAAUCCAAAGAUGUCAAAAGCUUUAGGAACUUCCGCUAAAAGGAUACAAAAAGAAUUGGCAGAAAUCACAUUAGAUCCACCUCCCAAUUGCAGUGCAGGACCAAAAGGUGAUAACUUAUACGAGUGGGUUUCUACCAUAUUAGGUCCCCCAGGUUCAGUUUAUGAGGGUGGUGUAUUUUUUCUUGAUAUACAUUUCUCACCAGAAUACCCCUUUAAACCUCCUAAGGUAGGUUGCUAGUUUUAU